UCGCUUUCCUUACCAAAACACACCCACGCACUCCCUUACUCCUCUGCCUAGGGAGAGUCGCCGAUAGAGAGGGCUCAUAAGAGCGAGACGGCAGUCCAAACUCUCACACACGAGACAGAAGGUAGUUGGGGCUUCCAAUUUCAGUCGCCUGCGUCGUACGUGACGUUAUGGCCAGCGGCGCACUCCUCGAUCUCGUGUUGGACAUUGUCACUUCCGGGCCCGCCGCUUCCGGCAUUGCCGACGGCGACGCUUUGUUGGUGUUCAGGAAGGACUGUACGGAUCUGAUCCGUCGGAUUGCAUUGCUCACGCAUUUGCUCGAGGAGAUUAGGAACUUCGCCCGCUCCGGCCAUUCUCCGUCGUCUCAUGUUUCGACUUCUUACUCCACUUCUUCCUGGUCGCCCGAUCUGGUGGUGGCUCUCCGGGCCACCAAGCGGCUUUUAUUGCUUGCUGGAAACUUCCGCUCCAGUAACUCUUCCGAUGGAGCUGUGGGGAAGAUUGCGUCCCAAUUUCAAUGUGUGACGUGGAAAUUGGAGAAGGCAUUAAGCAGCAUACCAUAUGAUCAUUUUGGAAUCUCAGAAGAAGUUCAAGAACAGGUGGAACUGGUGAGAUCACAGCUGAGAAGAGCUGCAGAAAGAUACGGAUCUUUGAAUUCAAAAAUGUUGUCUCUUGUCUUAACCCAGCUGCUGGAUGAAGAAAUUGAUCUGCAACAAUCAGGUGAAUGUGUGAUUGGAAGUUUGCGUAUUCAGAAUACUGGUAGUAGUAACGAUGAUGAUGUGCUGGAUGCUAUUCCAGGAAGUAAUGGUCCAAAAAGGCGCGAUGCAAACCCGACAAGUAAUAAAACUGAAAGGCAUGGAAACUCUUCUGAUCCUUAUGAGGCUAUUCUAGCAAAUAAUGUUGGUGCUGAUGGUCUAGACAAUCCAGCCACCAACAGUUUAGAGAACGUCAAGAAGCCUGAUCCAGUUGUAAUUCCUAAAGAUUUUAUUUGCUCCAUAUCCUUAGAACUUAUGAGAGAUCCAGUUAUUGUUGCCACUGGACAGACAUACGAGAGAGUUUUCAUACAGAAAUGGCUAGAUUCGGGGAAUGCAACAUGUCCAAAAACUCAGCAGAAGCUUGAAAAUUGUACACUCACUCCAAAUUAUGUUCUUAGAAGUCUAAUUACUCAAUGGUGUAUUGACCACAAUAUUGAGGAGCAAAAAGGACUAACAAAUGGGAAGAUUAAAAGAAGUGAUGGGUCAUUUCGUGAUGUUAGUAAGGAGAUAGCAGCUAUUCAAGCUCUACUUCACAAGCUCUCCAGCCAGUCAUCUGAGGACCGUAGAGAGGCCGCAGCUGAAAUCCGAUCGCUAUCCAAAAGAACCACAGAUUACAGAGUAUUAAUCGCAGAAUCUGGAGCCAUUCCGGUCCUGGUCAAUCUCUUAACAACAGAAGACGUGUUAACACAAGAAAAUGCAGUUACUUCCAUUCUCAACCUCUCCAUAUAUGAAAACAACAAGGCGCUCGUAAUGCUUGCUGGAGCUGUUCCUUCAAUUGUCCAUGUCCUCAGAAAUGGAAGCAUGGAAGCAAGAGAGAAUGCAGCCGCUACCCUUUUUAGCUUGGCUCUUGCAGACGAGAACAAAAUAAUAAUAGGUGCAUCAGGUGCAAUCCCAUCUUUGGUGGAAUUGCUCCAAAAUGGGAGCGCUAGAGGGAAAAAGGAUGCUGCGACAGCAUUGUUCAAUAUGUGUAUUUAUCAGGGGAAUAAGGGCAGGGCAGUGAGGGCAGGGAUAAUCAAAGCGUUAUUGAAGAUGCUUACAGAUUCAAGCAGUUGCAUGAUUGAUGAAGCCCUAACUAUAAUGUCAGUUCUUGCUAGCCACCAAGAGGCAAAGGUUGCUAUUAUAAAGGCUAGCACCAUUCCUGUUUUGAUAGAUCUUUUGAGAACAGGAGUACCUCGCAACAACGAAAAUGCAGCUGCAAUUAUACUUGCCUUGUGCAAGAGGGACACUAAUAAUCUUGCCGCCAUAAGUAGGCUUGGUGCUGUCAUACCAUUGACGGAGCUUGCCAGGAGUGGCACGGAGAGGGCCAAACGGAAAGCUACUUCAUUGUUGGAGCAUCUUCGAAAGUUACAGCAGCCCUAAAAGGAGUAGUUCUACCUAAUUAGAAAUUUUUAUUUGUUUCAGGUGCCAAAACUGAGAAUAGGGGCUUGAGAUAUUAAUGACCGUCUCAUUGCUUCUGUAUUUGUUACGUGUACGAUCAGUGUGUAAAAACUUCAUUUGAUAUGAUGUUUUCCAUAGAAUACUUCACCUGGAAAUUGCA